AUGAGCCGAGUUGAUCUCUCCAUUCGCCAGGCCAUCCUGUUAAACGAUGUUGCUUUAGUCCGCAGACUGCUGAAGCAUCACCCCGAGCAUCUUCACAAUCCUGACUUUGCCGACAAAAGCAAUACAUCUUUACAUCUAGCUGCGCAACAUGGCUUGAUAGAGAUAGCAGAGCUAUUAGUCUCGCUGGGCCAUGACAACACUCGAGAAGUGACAGACUGGAUCUACUCCAACCAGGGUGACAAUCUGGGAAUCUCGGUCAACACUGAAGGCAGAACCCCGCUGCAUCUCGCUGCUGCGUCUUCUCAAGCGGCUGUCGUCGAGCUCCUGUGCAAACACUUUCCUCAGACCGUCAAUCGACCAGACUACCAAGGCCGAGCCCCUCUUCACCUCGCGUCGUGUUCCCAGGGUACGCCGAUAGUGCCCAGCUAUGCCGACCAGCACUCGAGACCUGCCACGCGUUCAGGAGAAGACAACAGCACCAUUGACAUUUUAAUCGCCUCUGGCGCGGACAUAAAUGCGCAAGAUGAUCAGGGCGACACAUGUCUACAUAACGCUACCGCAUGGGGCAACCUCAAGGCCGUACGGGCUUUGAUACAGGCUGGUGCGGACCCUCUACGGAAGAACAAGGCCGGUUGGACCCCUGAAUAUUACAGCAUCACGGUACAAGCAGAAGUCUAUUAUCGUAACAUGGUUGCAGAGUGGGAGAAACGAAAGGCUGAAGAGGAAAUCCGACCCAAUGGCAUACGCACCAAAGCCGCUGCUGCAGGAGGAGGAGGAGGAGGAGGUGGUGGUGGUGGUGGUGCUGUAAGAUUGGUGCCACAGGAGCCUGAGAGUGAUGAUGAUGGUGAUGAGUCGGCGGCGUCCCGGAGCCGAGCGAGCAGCGCAAGGUCUCAACAGACGAGUGGUAGCCAUAGUGAUGCCGGGUUGGGAAUCAGUGUUGGAAAUGUGGAUGCAUGGAAGUGA